AUGGAGUUCAAGCACCUGUGCCUGGUAAGGUUCAAGGAGGGCGUGGUGGUGGACAACAUCAUUGAGGAGCUCACCAAGCUUGCCGGGGAGCUCGACACCGUCAAAUUCUUCGGGUGGGGAAAAGACGUGUUGAACCAGGAGGCGCUCACGCAUGGCUUCACCCACGUCUUCUCCAUGAGCUUCGCCAGCGCCGAGGACCUGGUGGCGUACAUGGGCCACGAGAAGCACUCUGCUUUCGCCUGCCACGCUGGCCACACCGACAACAGCGAGGCAGUUUUUGGUUCCUCAUCAAGCAGCAGCCACCGCCCCCUAGAAGUUCAGAAUUCUAAUGGCGACGUCCAACUUCGGCGAGUAGCACAGCAAUAA